UCAAUGUCAAACUUAGUCUAUUCGGAGGUUAUGCAGAUCGCAAACAAAGAUUUAAAGUGCGUUAAAAACUUCGGAAAACCAGUGAAAACAGUAAUAAUGUCGGGAAAUCAUAGUUAUAAUGCGUUGAUAGACUCAGGUAGCGACGUAAACCUAAUAGCAGCGGAACUAUGCUCUAAGUUGUUCAACGUAGAAUUUAAUGUCGGUGGUUUAACGCUAACGGGACUUGGACGUUCGCAAGUGCAGUCUUUGGGUAAAAUUACGACAGCAAUCACUAUAGAUGGACAGUGUUAUGACGGUGUCACUUUCCACAUCAUACCUAGAGACUGUAUGCCACAUGAUGUAAUUAUAGGUCACGAAUUUUUGAAAGAUGAAAAGGAAACAUUGCUAGAAUAUAUUGUCAAUCCAGUGAUAAGGCAGGAAGUAUACCAGUGUAUAGAUACUUACCAUCCAGUUCAGGUGAAAGAAGCCCCAUUGCAGCUCAAGAUUAUACUUAAAGACGAUAUACCUGUAGCACAAAGACCUCGGCGGCUGUCAUACACGGAGCAGGGUAUUGUAGAAAAACAAUUUGAUGAAUGGUUAAAAGACGGUAUUAUCAGGGUAAGUUUUUGUGAAUACUCUAGUCCACUUGUGCUCGUAAAAAAGAAAGAUGGGAUUAUCGACAGCUGAACUCGAAAAUUGUUAAAGAUGAAUAUCCACUGCCAAUCAUAGACAACCUUAUUGACCGUUUAGGUAAUGCGAAGGUGUAUAGUGUACUUGAUUUGAAAAAAUGGAUUUUUUCAUUUGAAAAUAAGUGAAGAGUCAAUUCCAUAUACCUCCUUUGUUACUCAUCAUGGGCAAUUUGAGUUUCUCCGUGCACCAUUUGGCCUUUCAGUUAGUCCGAAGUAUUUUAUGAGGUUCGUUAAUGUGAUUUUUCAGGAGUUGAUAGCACAGAGGAUAAUGAUGAUUUUCAUAGACUAUAUUAUUAUUCCAGCAGCAGAUGAAGAACAAGCCUUGCAUCGCUUAAAACAAGUUUUGGAUGUAGCCUCACAGUAUGGACUAAGGUUAAAUUGGAAGAAAGUUAAGCUGUUGCAGCCUGAAAUAGAAUAUUUAGGCCAUGUCAUUAAGAAUGGGGAAGUGGGACCAACCACGGAGAAGACAGAUGCAGUUAUGAAGUUCCCUGAACCAAGGUCAUGUAAGCAACUUAAAAGUUUUUUAGGAUUGACAUCUUACUUCCGAAAAUAUAUAGAGCACUAUGCUAGUAUAGCAAAACCACUUAAUGACUUACUAAAGAAAGGUGUGGAUUUUGUAUUUGAUAACGGGCAACAAGAAUCCUAUAGGUGCUUUAUUAUUACCUGCCAGGACUUGAAUGGGGGGUAGUAUUGCGUUUAUUGAUUACAAUAGUGAAGAAAUUUCGUUCCCCGGAACAGUCAAUUCAAUUUGAGACAGUAAACAA